AUGCCUGUCAAAAAGGAACCUGCCGAGAUGAGCGCCUUCGAGAGGAGGCGCCUCGAGAACAUUGCGGCAAAUAAGGCUUUGCUUACAGACAUAUCGGCAACGGCGAAAAAAGUCAUACCUGAUAAACCAGUACCAAAAGCGCCUUCUAAGAGGAGGUCUCAAGCGGUACAGGUAAAAAAAGAGCCUGCGAGGCCGACUCGCAUGAGUUCUCGCCUGGCAGGCAUUGAAGCCGAUAAUGACACUCUGAAGCGGAAAUUAGAGGUCGAGAAUGAGUUUGAGGCAGCAAAGUCUAGGGCUAAAAAGAUGAGGAUUGGAGAUGAUCUUAACAUCGGAGACAUUGUCGUCGACGGCAAGAAAUACGGGGGCAGCGUUGCUGGGAUCACAGGCAUCUUCCGGGGCGCAGAGCCCGGCGUGCGGACCUUUUCCGAAGACGACAUCAAGGAGACUACGGAUGCAGGCUUAAAGGAUUUGCGGCUACGCCUCAAUUCUCUCAAAUUAUACGAGCACUGGGCCCCCAAUGACAUAAAGAUUACGCCGCAGCGUGUCUACGCUCUCGGUUUUCACCCGAUAGAGGAUAAGCCAAUCAUCUUCGCCGGUGAUAAAGAAGGUGCAAUGGGAGUUUUCGAUGGUUCCCAAACUGUGCCAGAGGUAGACGACGAUGACGAGAUCGAUAUCCCUGAUCCAGUAAUUUCCGCUUUCAAAACACAUACGAGGACCAUUACGUCUUUUGUGUUUUCACAUACAGACGCCAAUGCAGUGUACUCUUCAUCGUACGACUCGUCCAUUCGAAAAAUGGACUUGGAGAAGGGUAUUUCCACCCAGGUUUUUGCUCCGGCAGAUGCUGAUGACGAUUUGCCGAUUACUGCGCUUGAUGUAGCCGCAACGGAACCAAACAUUCUUUACUUUUCCACCCUAGACGGCAGUGUGGGACGCUAUGAUAUCAGAGCACCAAAGUCGGAAGAGAUAUGGACCUUGUCAGAGUCGAAAAUCGGCGGCUUCUCGCUACACCCGUUACAGCCGCACCUUUUGGCCACGGCCUCACUGGAUCGGACAGUUAAAAUCUGGGAUCUACGGAAGAUCACUGGCAAGGGUGAUUUGCGGCAUCCCGCUCUGCUGGGAGAGCACCCUUCACGACUUUCCGUGUCGCACGCUUCAUGGAGCGCGGGGGGCCAGCUUGCGACGUCGUCGUACGACGACACGAUCAAAAUAUACAACUUUGCCGAGGCUGGGAAAUGGUCUCCGGGACAAGACAUUGCGGAGUCAGAUCUUGAGCCAGCGCACAUUAUACGGCACAACAAUCAGACCGGCCGAUGGGUCACUAUUCUCAAGCCGCAAUGGCAGCAGCGUCCCAAGGAUGGCCACCAAAAGUUCGCAAUCGGCAACAUGAAUCGCUUUGUUGACAUAUUUGCAUCGGAUGGAAGCCAACUGGCACAGCUUGGUGGCGAUGGAAUUACAGCAGUGCCGGCGGUUGCACACUGCCACCCGAGCAUGGACUGGGUGGCCGGUGGAAACGGCAGCGGGAAGCUGUGUCUGUGGACUUGA